CAAACAAAGGUUAUUGGUGGAUCUGGUUCAUUCCUGCACAAACAUCAUUCUACCUUCUUUCUGCUCUACUUUCCCACCAGAUCAUCAUCACUCAGCCUAGAAACAAAAACAACAUGUCUAAAUCAUCUCAACAGCUGAACGUAGAGGUAGAAGAAGUGGUGGAUGAUUCUUCUCCCAGCUUGAAUAACUACCAUGAGAUUGAUGAAAAAGUUGUCCAACAAAUCGUUUACGAUGCUCUUGUCUUUACCACUCUCAAUGGUCUCCUUGUCGGUGAUAAAUCUGUUCAGAGAUCAGGAAGAGUACCUGGUGUAGGGUUGGUGCAUCUUCCAUUUUCCUUAUUACCUCCACCAUUUCCUCAAACUCAUUGGAACCAAGCUUGUGAAUUGGCACCUCUAUUCAAUGAACUUGUUGAUCGUGUCAGUUUGGAUGCAAAUUUUCUCCAACAAUCUCUCUCUAGAACUACGAAAGUAGAUGAAUUUACCUCUAGACUUUUAGAUAUUCAUUCCAAAAUGCUUGAGAUUAACAAAAAAGAGGAAAUUCGGUUGGGAUUAUUUCGUUCAGAUUACAUGUUUGAUGAAAAGACUCAAUCACUUUUGCAAAUUGAAAUGAACACUAUUUCCACUUCUUUUUCUGGUGUUGGUUGCAUUAUUACUCAACUUCACAGGAACAUACUUUCUCGCUAUGGAAAAUCGCUUGGACUAGAUUCCGAAAGGGUUCCGACCAAUACUGCGGACAGUAAAUAUGCAGAAGCAUUGGCUAAAGCUUGGAGUGAGUAUAAUAACCCUAGUGCCGUGAUUAUCGUUGUGGUUCAGGCCGAAGAAAGAAACAUGUAUGACCAGCAUUUUGUUUCCGCAAUUCUAAGAGAAAGGCAUCAUAUUACAACCAUAAGAAAAACAUUGGCAGAAAUUAAUCAAGAAGGAGAAGUUCUAUCGGAUGGAACACUUUCUGUGGAUGGACAAGCAGUUGCAAUCGUUUACUUUCGAGCUGGCUAUACACCAGCUGACUAUCCUUCGGAAUCGGAAUGGAAAGCUCGGCUGUUGAUAGAACAAUCUUCUGCUAUCAAAUGCCCUAACAUAUCUUAUCAUUUGGUUGGCACAAAAAAGAUUCAACAGGAACUGGCACAGCCCAAUGUUCUUGAGAGGUUCUUUGAAAACAAAGAGGAUAUUGCGAAACUGCGUAAAUGCUUUGCAGGGUUAUGGAGUUUGGAGGAUUCAGAUAUUGUUAAAAGAGCAAUAGAGACGCCAGAGUUAUUUGUGAUGAAGCCGCAAAGAGAAGGAGGAGGAAACAAUAUUUAUGGUGAUGAUCUUAGGGAGACUCUUCUAAAAUUACAGAACUCAGAUUCUCAAGAAGACGCAGCCUACAUUCUUAUGCAGAGGAUAUUUCCAGUUAACACAGAGGCAAUUUUGGUGCGUAACGGUUUCUUGCAUAAGGAUCGCGUCAUUUCAGAAUUUGGAAUAUUCAGUACAUAUUUAAGGAACAAGGAUAAGAUUAUCGUGAAUAAUGAAAGUGGCUAUAUGGUUCGUACAAAACCAUCAUUAUCUGAUGAAGGUGGGGUUUUACCUGGUUUUGGAGUAAUAGAUAGUGUAUACCUCACUUGAUGAAGCCAACUCAAUGCUGAAUUAUGAGGGUACUGCAAAACAUUAUGUUGUUGAUUGAUGGCUUGCAUGUUAAAAAUCUGUUUCUUGUACUCCAAGAAACAACAAGUCCCUUCAUUGGAUGUAGAGACUUUAAGUUCUAAUCUUAGCAUUGCUGAUGCUGCGAUUAGCAUGUUCAAUAAGCUUUGUUUGUUUUGUUAAUGAGAUAUGUUACUUGUUCCCCCCAAAAAAGUUCACAAUGGAUUUUGGCGCAUGCUAAUAAAUUAAAAAAAAAAUUAAGAGAAUAAUAAAUGAAAUUAUAUAUAUUGAAU